AAUGAAAAUGUCUACACUGAGCUCCCAAUUCCACCUCCUAAAAUACCCCGUCAAAUAUUCUUCAUAUCCAUCCUCAAACCCUAACUCAUUUAUCAUCCCCAUCUCCCUACCAAAACACCCUCAACAUCCAACCAUAUUAUCAUCUCUCCCUUCCGAAGCCACAAGCAAUAGUCCACCAACAAGAGCAUCCGCUACAAAAUCCAAGUUAUAUAGUGUAACGCUCGUCCGGAAAGAGUCUGUCAACGAUACUUCCACCCCAAUAAACUCCAGCGGAAACAACGCGUCAAGGUUUUGGAUAAUGGGAGCUGUUUCCGUAGGAGUUAUGGCGGCGCUGAUGGCGAUGGACGAGCCAAAGGCAAUGGCGUUGGGCCCCGAAGGGCCGCUGAUGGAAGAGUUUUGGGACAAUGUACGGAGAUAUGGACUGUAUGCUCUCACGGUGAGUACAGGUGCUCUGUACGCGACCUUCGCGCCGCUAUACGAGUUGUUGAAGAACCCUAUUUCUGCAAUUCUCGUUUUGGUAAUAUUAGGGGGAGGUAUCUUCAUCUUCUCCCAAGUGCUUUAUGCCAUGGUUGGUGUCUCAGAUUUUAGUUAUGAUUAUGGAUAUAUCAAUCCAUGGAUUCCUUCCAUGUAAGUAAAGACUAAUUAAGUAAAGACACAACUACUUUUUGAUCAUGCCUUCCUAGAGCUAGGAAGUUUACUUCUAUAUAUUACACUUGUGUAUGGAAGCAAAUGGGAAGCAGUUUAAAGUUAAAUUAUUCCUUGUACUUUUAAAUAUUAUCCAAGUUUGGCAACUAGUAAUUGUUGGCAUUUUGCUA